ACAAAAAAAAAAGAAAGAAAGAAAAGCAGAGAGCCCACGCACGGUGCACGGCCCACAAUCUGACAAGCACCCACCCACCGAUCUGCCCCCUCGCUGCUGACGUCAUCUCCGCCGCCACCCCCGCUCGCCGCCGACCCAUGGAGCCACCGCCGCGGGGAACCAAGCGCCCGCUCCCGGCCGACGCCGACGCCGACGCCGACGCCGCCGGCGGAGACGACGACGACGGCGCUCUUCCCGGGGAGCGCAAGCCGCGGUUCCCCAAGGGGAAGAAGGCCAAGUACCGGGACCCCGCCGCAGCCGCCGCGGCGGAGGGCAUCGACGGCUUGAUAAACCCCGAGCUCGCGGCGGAGCGGCGCGCGAGGCGACGCCACCGCAAGGACGAGGAUGACCAGCAGGGAGUCGCCUCCGACGUCAGGGGAUUCGAAGUGCGAUACGAGGAUAGUGCAAAUUUGGUUGAUGAUGGCAUUCGACUAGAGCCUUUUAACUUGGAACAAGAGAGGGAGGAAGGAUAUUUUGACGAAAACGGAAACUUUGUGGAGUACGCAAGGGGCAACGACAUCAAGGAUGCCUGGUUGGAUAGUGUUGAAGUUGACACAAAGUAUGCUGAAAAGGUUCAAAAGAAGAGAGAGAAAGAGAAAGAAGAGGAGUUCCAGGAUCUUUCAUCCGAUGAUAUUGGAAAGAUAAAAAGAAGAAUAUCAAACAUACUUGAGCCAGGCGAAACGAUAAUACAAGCUUUGAAAAGAUUGAAGAAUACAUCCAGUGAUAAGCGUGGCAAGAUGACUGAGGGGACCAAACGUAUCUUUGAUGAGUUGACAGAAGCUGCCAUGAAGCUAAUGGAGAACGGAGAGUAUAAUGUUUAUUCAGAUGAUCGGGAGACUUUUGAACGUGAGGCUGCGGGUUAUGAACGUCUGGCACGUGCUCGUCUUGGUCUGCCAGAAGCUGAAGAAGAUAUGUUUGCAGACAGUCCAAAAGAUAAAACCACUGCCUCGUUACUGGAUAUGGAGCCUGGUCCUUCAGCUGCCCAUACCUCUACAACCACCACCACAUCUAAGGAAGAUGACAGUGACUUUGACAUGUUUGGUGACGAUGAUGACAAGACCGAUGUCAAACGUGAUUCUGAUGCAAAUGCUGUAGGUUCAGGUUCGAAUCCUGAACAAGUAUCUCACGAUGCUAAUGAAACCUCAGGUGCAGAGAAAGGUGAGAAUGGAAGUGUGAGCUCAGAUUAUGUUUAUGAUCCAACUUCAGGUUAUUACUAUAGCAGUAGCACGGGCUAUUACUAUGAUUCUACAUCUGGAUGUUAUUGCUCUGCAUCUACAGGAGCCUGGUACUCGUAUGACGAACAAACUGGCGAAUACAAAGAGAUACAGUCUGAACAAGCCAGCACGGUCAAUGAAACACCGGGAGAUGGCAUCAAAGAGUAGCCCGAGUACUUGUAAUUGGCUCUCUCAAGUUAGCUUGUUUAUUACACAGUGGGAUGUAGCUUCAGUUUUUCGGUAGAGGGGCAUUCGAAUCUCACUUUUGUUUGUACAAGUACGGGGAGAAUGAAAGGCUGUCUUACUACCAUAGGAUUUUAUUUAGAUAUAGAGCAGAAUGAUCCGCUGAGUGCAACCCUUACGCCCACUUCUUUAUUUUGCAUUGCCCCAUGGUCCAUUUCCCUGUACAAAUCUGUGACAUGUAAUAUUCCCUGCCAUGUUCAGCUUCACUGUGAGAAAGUCUCCAUUGGCGUAACAAGACGAAACUAUGAGAUCAGAAUGAGGUAUCUGUUGAUUCCAA